CAGAAAUAUACAGAGGAACAAGCAUAUACAAACAUACAGAGAAAGUUAUUUCCCAUGUUAUGCUCUAUUUCUCAGGGCUGAUGAGGGGAAAUGUAUUUUUACAGGGGUUCAUAUCAUUUGAGGAUGUUGCUAUGGACUUUACCUGGGAGGAGUGGCAGGACCUGGAAGAUGCUCAGAAGAUUCUAUACAAGGAUGUGAUGCUGGAGAUCUACAGCAACCUGAUGUUUUUGGGACAAUCCAUUGCCAAACCUGCAGUGAUCUUCAAGUUGGAGCUAGGAGGAGAUCCAUGGACAUUAGAAGGACUUCCCAGCUUGAGCUUCCCAGGUUAGACAGUGCAUAGUUUUUGGGGACUAGUGUAAUACAUUUUCUUUUAAAGAAUGGAUUUUUAUUGA